AUGAAAUUCCGAAGAGUCAUACUCGAGCACACGUACAACCAUUUGACCAACUUGAACAGCGUCAUCCUGUCGGCUCGUAACUAUUUCAGCACGAGCUCGCUGAAGAAGCGUCGAAAGUCGGCCUCGUGCUGUCGCAAGCCCGGCCAGGGGCCGAAGAUCAUCGUGCCGAAGAACUGCCUGGACGGCCUGCCGAAACCGAUCGGCGGGCUCGGCUGCAAGCUCGCCAUCGUCGUCGGCGGCUCGGCCAACGGCUUCGGCUUUUACGCCGCGAGACAGCUGCUCGCCAACGGUGCCGAGAGAGUCCUGCUGGCCGAUUCGGACGCCUCGGCGGGCAGCUUCGCCGCGGAGAAGCUCUGCAUGAGCUUCGGCGACGAUCGCGCCCAGUUCUAUCCCUGCGACGUGCGCAACACCUGCCACGUGGAGGGUAUAUACCGAUCGGCGCUGUGCUCCAAGCACCAGCCGAGCAUAAUAUUCAACGACCUGGACGCGAUCUCGCGACUGCCCAAAAGCGAGGCCAAGUUCUGCCGGGACGAGAAGAAGCUCACGAGCGUGCAGCGCCUGACGCGGGUGGCGAUCGAGCUGCUGCUGGCGCACAAGGUCCGCGGCAUCGUGAUCAAUUGCGCCUCGAUACUGGGCCUGGUCGAUUGGCCGAAGAAUCCGCAGCCGAUCUACUGCUACUCGGAUCCGGUCGUAGAGACGACCAUCAAUUUAGCGAACGAGCUGCCGGCGGAGAACGAGUGUCUGCGCUUGGUCGCCCUGUGCCCGUCGAUACGACCCUCCACGAGCAUCGGCCUGCCCGACGUCCCCACGGACGAGUUGGCUCGCGCCCACGAUCCCGGCCGAUGCGGCUACACACCCUGUCCGCCUGAUCCGAGCAAAGACAGCCGCAGACUCGGCAAGGCGAUCGAUCAUCUGCUCGCCCGGGCGAAGAACGGCUCGGCCUGGCUGCUCGAGCCGCCCUUCAAUCUCUGCGACGAUCCCAAACUCAUCACCAGUCUCGAGAGGAUCAAGGAGAGGGAGCAGCAGGAACAAUUGACAAAAUCCGCUCGGGGGAAGUGA